AUGACCGAUAUACACUCUGAAAUCAAGGGAUUACGGAAGGAUAUUCAGAGAGAUUUGGAACUCAGCUCAGCAAGCUCCACACCUAAUUGGAAGGGAUUGGUAUCUACUGUCAAAAACGACCGCACAAGAAACCAGACGCUAUCCUCACAUAAAGAGCUAUUCAACGACUCAGCUUCGAUUCUGGAAAACCCAUUGGGCCAGUCACUAGAAUACCGUGUUUGUGAGAGCUGUGGCAAACCGGUCAGUCUUGGAGCCAUCGUGGAGCACUUGCAGAUCCAUUGCAAGGGUUUGUCCGAAGAGCACAAUCAAAAACCGUCAAACGUAAAGGUUGAGGAAAACGAUCCUCUGGAAGACAUGCCGUCUUCUGAUGCCAAGAAGAAGGGCAAUCCCGUGAAUUCCAAAAGGUCAACACCAUUUGAAACGGAGAAUGGGAAUCCUGAGAGUAGUCCUGCAGUGAAAAAGCAACGCAAAACUGCUGCCCCACCAGCAUCAUCAAAAGCCAAGAGACGUAUCAAACAGAGAAACCCAACUGAAAAACAUUUGAUUGACUUUGACAAGCAAUGCGGUGUUGAACUACCGGAAGGAGGCUACUGUGGCCGCUCUUUAACGUGCAAGUCUCAUUCUGUAGGCACCAAGAGAGCUGUUGAAGGCAGAUCUGAGCCUUUUGAUACACUGUUGAGCCAUUAUCAAAAGAAAAACCAGCUCAAAACGGGCAAUAACAAUAAGCAAAAAUCAAAGGUUAGUCAACAGUUACCUCAAACGCAGCAAAGCCAGAACAACCAAAUCAAUGAGAAAUCUUCAUCCGAAAUAACUCCAGAAGAAGAGACAACUCAAGUUCUCAAUGGUGUAUCCAGAUCUUUCCCACUUCCACUGGAAACUAGCGUAUUGGGAUCAUCGAGAAGCAGAACCAAAUAUUUUAGGAUGCGUGAAAUGUUCUCAUCUUCAUUUUCAGUACGCCCUGGCUUCAGCAGUCCUGGAUAUGGUGCCAUUCAUUCUCGCGUUGGAUGCAUUGACCUUGACAGAACAACAGACUAUACUUUCCGCAUACGUACUCCGCAGUUGAUAAAUCAAACGAACCCAAAUAACCUGAAUCCACAACAACGACAAAAGCUGCAGCAGCAACGGAUGCUCCAAGCUCAAAUGCUGGCUCAACAACAACAACAACAACAGCAGCAACAGCCGCAACAACAACACCAACCGCAGCAACAGAACCAUCAACAGGCACAACAACAACAACAACAACAACAACAACAACAACAACAACAACAACAACAACAACAACAACAACAACAACAACAACAACAACAACAACAACAACAACAACAACAACAACAACAACAACAACAACAACAACAACAUCAACAGCAGCAACAACAACAUCAACGCCAACAAUUACAACAACCGCACCAACCACAACAACAACAUAUUUUACAGCAACAGCCCCAGCACUCACAACAGAAAUUCCUAUCCACCAAUCAACAAAGACAGCAAAAUCCAUCGCCCGCCUUUCUACAGCAGCAGCAGCAGCGACAGAACGGACUAGGCCAACAAAAUAGUUACACAUCUUUAUCACAAGGUGAAUUGGAAAUAGGCUUAACUCCACAGGGAAUUCAAAAACAACAGCAAAGGCUCCGACAGCAGCAAGUUCAACAACAACGUUUUGAAGCUGCUGCAUUUCAUUUGGCUACUGCUACCAAACUAAUGCAAAAUGGACCCAAGAACCAAAACACAAAUUCCAACUCAAAUAAUGGUGCAGUAUCCGCGGUAGGCUCGCCGGUCAAUAUGAUGAAUAACAGUCGAAGUAAUAGCAACUCAAUGAAUUUAACACCUGGAGAUCAACGCUAA